GAUGUUUCUCCACCUCUACUCCUCGACUCGUGCGGACGAAUUUUAAUAAUAACUUUAGUUUAUUAAUUAAAACCGAGCAAUCCGGCAAUGGCAUCCAUCCUAAGGACGGGGAAACUGCUGCGUUAUUUCGCUGGCCUCACGAGAAACGUGGUCGUGAGCUCCGUGCGCGAAAACGAGACUAGCAACCUGCUGAACAAUGCGCCCUGCAUGUGCGGACAGUUCCAGAAUGGAUUUGCAACAAAUGCCGCAGCAAAAGCGGAGCUGAGUCUCGACAAGCAAAUUCGCCGACUGGACCAGGAUGUCCGGCGCACUGGACGCAUUUCCCGGCGGGAUCUAGAGGAGGUGCUCGACGAGAUUCGCACGCACAGGACGGCCACCAGCUCGCAAUCGUUGCUGGUGAUCCGCUGCUGCGGCAACCUGGUGCCCGAGGAACUGCCGGAGGUCAGAACUGCGUUGGUACAGGAGAUCUGGAAGACCCUUAAUGCCCUGAAUGUGCCCAUGGACAUCUCGCAUUACAAUGCCCUGCUCCGAGUCUACUUGGAGAACGAGCAUGGUUUCGCACCCACUGAUUUUCUGGCGGAGAUCGAGGCCAAGGGUAUUGAGCCCAACAGGGUGACCUAUCAGCGCUUGAUUGCUCGCUAUUGCCAGCAAGGAGACAUCGAGGGAGCCACCAGGAUUCUGGAGUUCAUGCGGGCAAAGAGUCUGCCGGUCAAUGAGAAUGUCUUCAAUUCUCUGAUCCUGGGACACUCGCAGGCCAAUGACUUGGAGUCCGCCAAGGGCAUCCUGGGAGUGAUGAAGCAGGCGGGACUAGAGCCCAGUGCGGACACCUACACGACUCUACUGUGCGCCUUUGCUCGCCAUGGAGAUCUGGCUGCCCUGAAGGACACCUUAGCCGAAUGCGAGCAAAAGGAGAUAAUCUUGCUGGACAAGGAUCUGCUUGAUAUCGUGUACACUCUCACUGUAAAUGGCAAUGGAGAACAUGUGGAUGAGAUUCUGGCCAAGCUGCGUCUGUCGCCAGGUUUCAAUCAGGAUGCAGUGAAUGUCAUCCUUCGUUUGGUCAACAAGGGAUACGAGGAUGUGGGUCUGAAGCUCCUGCGAGUGAUGCCGCGGACCAGUCGUGUAAACGGCGAACUCGUGGACGUAGGAGCCUUCUUUAUCAGGCAGAUGGUUAAGGCUAAUCGGCCAGUGGAGAAGAUCCUAUCCAUCUGCAAGACCCUGCAAGCUGAAGGUCUUAAUCCCAAGGCUUUGACGAUUGCCACCGAAGCUGGUCUGACCAAUGGAGUGGUUAACAAUGCCCUUCCCUUACUGCAAGAGAUGAAGAAUGCCGGUUUGCCCAUCAGACAGCACUACUUUUGGCCUCUGAUCUGUUCUGCGGAAUCCAAUCAAGUUUUGGAAAUCGUCCGUCGCAUGCAGCAGGAGUUUGCAGUGUUCCCCAACUCCGAAACGGUCAGGGAUUAUGUGAUUCCCAACCUGAAGGAGAAGAACUGGGAGCGUAUUGUCACCGCUUUAAGGGAUGCUGGAGUUCCCAACUCCACUGCUGUAACCUCGGCUGUGUACUCCGCCUUGGUGACCCACCAAAUAGCCGAUGCAGCCAAGAUUAUGGAGCAGAACAGGGCUUACUACGUGCCUUUCUUGUUCAAACAACCUUUAAUCCUGGCCCUCAGCCACACCAAUGACUUCGCCUCCUUUAUCCGCUGUGUCCGCCAAAUUCACGAGGGCUUGCAAUUCAGACAGGGCAAGGAGGAGGAAGUGGAGCAAGUGGAAGGCGGUGCUGCCGCUCCCACGGAACGCGUCACUCCCGAUGUUGUGGGUGCAAUCGUCCAUGAGGCAUUCAUUUAUUUCCGACGAGAUCGUGCGGCUAUGCUGGAGAAAAUCCUCAAGGGAUUGGUCAACCAAGGAUUGUCUAUUAGCAGUGACAAGGCCACCCAGUUAUCUGAACAAUUGGGUUCCGAGUUGACUCCAAGGAUUUCCGAACUUCUGGGAAAACUGAGCUCCGGUGAACUGGAGCCAGUUGCUCUGCCAAGUAGUGGAAAGAGAAGCUUGGACUCGCUGUCCAUUGAUGAACUCGAACGAUUCAUAGUAAAUGUGGAGAGCAAGGGCGACAAUGCCAAUAACAUCAAAAGACAACUGCUGAAUGCCUGCUUCCGUUCCCAGAACCUGGACAAAACCCUUCAGGUCAUUGAGAAACUGGAGACGGAAAAAUAUCAGAUCCCCAUUGGAAUAUAUGCCCAGCUCAUCGAUCUCUAUACGCAUCACAAGAAAAGCUCUGAAGCUUUAGAGGCUUAUGGAAAACUGAAGGCUAAAGAUGCAAACUUCCAGUUGGAUAACUUUAAGGCUGUUCGUCUGGCUGAUCUCCUCCUGCAAGAGGAAAAUGACGAUGCUGCCUUCAAAGUACUAGAGGAUAACAAAAAGGAUUCUCCUAUAGCCGAAAGCGAAGGAAGCUUUAAUUAUGUGAGCACCGUGUGGAGAAUUUUGAAUUCUAUUGCCGAGGCUGGACAACCGGAAAAGCUGCGAAAAUUAUUUGAUGUUCUGGUGGCCGGCAGUUAUGUUGUGCCCACUAAUGUGCUUCUGGGCCCACUUAUCAAGGUUCACCUAGUAAAGGAUGAUAUUCCCAAGGCCAUCGAAGCCUUUGAGGAGAUUUGCCAGAAGCAUAAAUCAACUCCUUGGAAAAAUGAGCUUGCCUGUCGUUUGAUCCAGAAAGAGGAUGCAGCGAAUCUGCAGAAAUUAACCGAUUUGAGUACUGGAAUUCACGGUGAAGUUAACAGCCUUUACGACCUGGUUUUCUCCUUUGUGGAGUGCGGUCGUGUUAGGCAGGCCAGGAAGAUCCUGGAAACCCCCGGCUUGCGUACCCGUCCGCAGAGAAUCAGCAGUGCCUGUGAUCGCUACAAGAACGAGGGCUUAGUGCAGCCUCUGGAAGGUCUCAUUGAAGCCACAAAGGACCUGGGUCACAUCGAUAGAAAUAAGAUUUACUACACACUGCUGCUAAGCUACGACAAAUCUGAUGAAGCGGAGAAGGCCCUUGGAUUAUGGACUAAAAUGCAGGAAGAGUCUGUGGCACCCAACGAUGCUUUCCUCUUGAAAUUGGCUGAAAUCCUGAGGAGGAAUAACAUUGAUGUGCCUUUUGUGGUGCCCGAAACUCAGAAAGAUCAUGCCGCUGCAAAGAAAAACAAAGCUAAAGAGCAGGUAAAAAAGGAAACAACUACAGAAACAGUCAAAAUCGCAGAUCAACCGAAAGAGAAGACUGCAAAGAAGGAACAAACUAAAACAGAAGCGGAAAAGACUACUCCGCCAACCAAAACCGUUUCCCAUUUGUCUGGUUUCCGAAAAGCCAUCCUGGCCAAUGAUCCCGAUGCAGCCAUAUCCCACAAACAAAGUUUUAUCAGUGGGGAGAAAGUCGGUGCCUUGGACACUUCCCGACUAAUUGAACUCCUUGUUCGUGCUGAUCGUUUAAGCGAGGCUACCAAAUACGUUGAGGAACUCCUGGGCGAUAAGCUGCACCCACAGCCCAAGAUCUUCAAGUUUUACCUGAACAAAAUUGCCGCUGCUGGUGAUUUGGAAACGCUUGAGAGGAUUGGCAAGCAGCUGAGCGAGGAGCAAAAGCGUCUCAUUUCGUUUGACAAUCGCUACUGUCAUGCUAAUAUAGUGGCCGGAAAGGCAGAGCAGUUCAUCAAGCUCUUAACCACCGAAAUUGAUGCAGCCAAGACACCUGAGGAGGUGACCAAGUUGGCCGAGAAGUUCCCACGAGGAGGAGCUGUGGGCAUUUUGGACAAGCACCCGGAAUUGGUGCCGCAAUACCAAUCCCUGGCCGAGAAGUUUGCUGCCCAAAAUCAGUUGGGUCCCAUGAAUGUCCUGUGGAUGCAUCUCAUUUCCAGCGGCCAAGAGGCAGCCUCCAAGGAGAUCUGGGAUAAGCACCUGUCGAGUGCCCCAAGAUUGAUGUUCCAGCGCGUUUUGCAGACAGCACGGGAGCAGCAGGACGAGAAACUCGUCUCCGUGGUCAUUUCCCAGCUGAAGAACAGUAAAAUCUCGGAGGGAGCAAUUGGAAAUGCCUACUCCUGCCUAAUCGACAUCCAGACGACGAAGGGAAACUCCGACAAGGCCAUGGAUGCGCUAGCUAAUGCCAUUAAGGAUGUCUCGCUGGAGAAUAUCAAUAGGACAGCGCUGCUCCGCUUGAAACAGGCGGUAGAGGAGAAGUCCCAGAAGUUCCCCUACACGAUUCCCGAGAAGCGAACAAAGGCCGAUGACUCCAGCUCCUCGUCAUCGUCCUCGUCUUCCAGCGACGAUGAUGUGUCGCCAUCGAUACCCGAAACCGUUCCUCCCAAACCGGACAGCAAGGCUUAGUGGCUUUUGGAAUAAGUCUCUUUUCUAGUUUAACCUGUCGUGAUUAAAGCCUAUUUUAUAAAGUAUUUACUAUGGAUAAACAAUUUGUAAACUAAAAUAAAUUUAGUUGUUUUGUUGCGAAA